AUGGGAGAAACUAUGCGUGCGGCAGUGAUUAGAAAUCCGGGCCCGGAUUUCAGUCUGGAGAUCAUCGACAAGCCCAAACCUCAACCUGGCGAUGGCGAGCUUCUUAUCCGACUUGAAGUAACUGGCUUGUGCCAUUCCGAUCUUAGCAUGAUGCUGCGCGAAUGGUCUGGGUUCAAGUCGAGGAUGGAUACUCCUGGCCAUGAGGGUGCUGGAGUGGUCGAAUCCCUCGGAAAAGGUGUGACAACAUGGCAAAUUGGAGACAAGGCCGGUGUCAAGGGAAUUUCAUGGGUGUGCCAUGAGUGCGAGAGCUGCAUGAAGGGCCGCGAACAACACUGUCCUCGGGCAGAAUUCGCUGGCCUGACCAUGGAGGGAACAUAUCAACAGUAUAUUGUCGUCGCGGCCAACUACGCAACCCGAAUUCCGAAUGGAGUCGACCUUCACUACGCGGCGCCCUUAAUGUGCUCAGGGCUUACUUCUUACUCUGCUCUUCGAAAGAGUGGCGUUCGCGCGGGAGAAUGGGUGGUCGUGCUUGGUGCUGGAGGAGGAUUGGGCCAUUUCGCCGUCAUGAUCAGUAAAGCCAUGGGUGCUCGUGUGAUCGCGGUCGAUCAGGGCGAGGCCAAGAAAGAACUAUGCUCGUCUCUUGGAGCAUCCGAAUUCCUUGACAUUUCUUCAGCUACGGACCCGGUUCAGCGCACGUUAGAGAUAACGAACGGUGGAGCGCACGCUGUCAUCGUCACUUCGGCUCAUCCGUCGAGCUAUACCACAGCGACAAACUAUCUACGUACCGGUGGAACCAUGGUUUGCGUCGGGUUACCUGCCACUGGCCAAGCUAUCGCUGGGGCAGAUCCGCACGAUUUCGUGACCAAAAGCAUUACUGUGAGAGGUACUUUUGUGGGAACACUGAGCGAAGCUGCAGAGGUGCUGGACUUGUGUGCGCAAGGGCUGAUUACCCCGGUCGUCGAAAGAUUCCCUCUUGCGCAACUCCCAGACGCGGUGGGGCUUCUGAGAGAAGGAAAAAUAGUUGGUCGAGCCGUGGUCGACCUAUGGUCGCGGUUUUCCAAGGAAUACAUCGUCGACCUCGAAACCCAAGUGCGAGAUUUCAAAGCUAUCCUCGCAGACCUACAGUCGCAGCUUGAGGCACAACAAGCGAGCCUUUCCCGUAAAUCAUGUUGCGAACAUAACAUUGUCUCAUCACAGGACCAGCCGCAUCCCAAGCCCCAAGGGUCACACGAUAUUGCACCAUCCAAUAACUUCGAAUCAUUCAAAUAUGCGGACAAGGACCCGAUUGCGAAUACUAUCGAUCUCGGCAACAAAGACGGUCCAGAACUGGCAGACUCCACGGCGAGUUCAAGCUCCGGCGAAAGUAUCAUCACCCGCUUAUGCGGGACGAGGAAUCGCCUCAAUAGUAGUAUCGAUAAUGGCCAGUCAAGGUAUUUUGGACCAACGUCAAGUCUUCACCUCACGGAGAAUGUUGCGUCGAUCCUCAGCUAUUGCGAGAACGUCUCUCGAACAGGCUCAGACUUUGAGAAAGAGAUUCCCCAGGCGAUGCAGCAGUAUCUACUUGGGCUGUACUGGAAGUAUCAGCAUAACGUUAUGCGGAUUAUCCACAAAGAGGCUUUCCUGGCAGGCUUGGAGGCGGCCCAAGGUCCCUACUACAGUCAUUGUCUACUACUCUGUAUUCUAGUGUCUGGAGCGCGAAUCUCGGCCAAUCCAGAGAUCCGAGCGUUGUCGAUCCCAUCAGUGGACGAAGAACAUACCGAGACACCGGCGCUUUUGAAACUUGCUCAAGAGGCCCUCGACAAGGAAUUGUUGAACCCAUCGAUAACCACUAUACAAUCUCUAAUGUUGUUGAGUGUGCUAGACUGCAUACAGUCCGAUGACAUGAAAGGAUGGUUGAAAUCAGGAACCGCAUGCAGGCUAGCUUUCGAUUUAGGUCUUCAUCAAGACUGGUCCCAUAUGUCGCAAAGCAGAUGCAGCCCGAUUGACAUCGAAGUCAGGAAUGUCGUAUUCUGGGGUUGCUUUGGACUUGACAGGCAUUGGGGAUUGUACCUUGGCCGCCCCCCCAUCAUCAAGCUCUGUGAUGUAUACGUUCAAAAACCUGCCAAUACUGCCACGUCGUGGGACGCGGUAAUAUUUGCUGCCUGGACAGAAAUCCUCGAUAUAGCAGGCCAGAUCAGUGAGAGAUUGAAUACCAAUACAUGUUCCCAGGAGCAGAUUGACUUCUAUAUGAACGCGCUGCAAAUCUGGGAUGCCAACGUGGACGGUACAUUGAUACCCUCUGCCACAUCCCCACCCGCGGUCUAUCAAUUGCGCAUUCAAUAUUGCGCCCUGUUCAUCCUCCUCAACCGACAUAAUGCUGGUCUGGGGAACUGCGUCGAGAAUAGCACUUCAGAGAUGCUCAAGUCGAGACAAAGUUGUGUCGAACAUGCCCUACAGAUCUCCAGGCUGAUACAAGAGUAUACAGCACAUCACCAAGCAUAUACUAUGAUUGGCUCUGCUCUUUACCAUAUUACUUUGGCGGCGACGACGCUCAUUGCCGAGAUUGCAGAAAAGCAGAAGAAUAACGUCGCAGCCGAAUUGGCGGCACUGACAACUUGCCUUAGCAUCAUGAAGCAGAUGGAGAGUACCGAGAUUGUGGCACUCCACGUUCGCAAGAUUGUCCAAAGUAUCAUGCGAGUGUGUGAUCUACAGAGAUUCCCGAUGGACAUGGCCCAACCUAUGUCGUAUAGCAGUCAGAAAAUUGCCGAUGAAUCGCUGGACGAGACGUGUCAAUCAGAUGAGACCAUGGCGGACACAUCAUUCUUGGGCAGGGCGGACGAUAACGACCAGUCGGCUUCCCUCCAAAACGAUACAUUCUUCUCUAACAGCGUCUUUCAAUUUCCUUUCGAGGACGCCCUCAUGGAUCCUUACCUAGCGAGUGACUUCUUCGAAGAAAACCCGGCAGUGAUGGUGGAUGGCCAUGGGGGACAAGGGCUAGAAUAA